AUGCACGGGUCGCUGGUGCGGGAGUUUGACGGCUUGGAGAGCAGCGGGCGGCUGGUGGAGGAGAACAGCUGCAUCCGCCGCCCACCGGGCGAAUGGCACACGUUUGAGGCUGUUGGCCCCUGGGUGGACAUGACGUUUGAAGGGUGCGACGAGGAUGCGCCCGUUGCCUGCAGGCUGUUGACCGAGCUCAAGACGAAGGCAAACGUCACCGUCCUGCGCAUGGGAUACAGCAAACUCACCCGCGAGACGUGGCUGCGGCCGCGGUUUGGAGCGAGCAACCGCCGUCUCGUCCUCCGCAUCGGCCUCACGGUCCCGCGCCACCCGAUUGAGACCAUCCUCGGGCCAGCCGUCCCGCCCGACAUGCUUGCAGGCAACACCACCGCACACACCCGCGCACAAGCACACAACAACAACAGCAGCAGUAGUAGCAGUAACGAUGGAAGGAAUCAUGACGCUGCAGCAGGUGCAGGCGGUGAUGACUCGUUGUGUGCGAGCGAUCAGUGUGCGCUGGUGAGUGCUGGGGACGAGACGCGGUGCUUGCUUGCAGGCAAGGUGCUGAUUAUGGACGAUUCGUAUGUGCACCAGGAGGUUAACGCGUGCGACAGCAAGCUGUCUGUAUUUGAUGUGGUGAUUCUUCAUCCUGAUGUGCCCGCCGCUGAACAGCUCAGGACCAAACACCUCGCAGCCAUCGAGGCCAUGUAGUGCGAUGUCAUGUGUCUGUGUGUGUGUGUGCGUGUGAGUGUCUGUGUGAGUGUCUGUGUGUGUGUCUGUGUGUGUGUGUG